ACACUUUUGACCCCCCACAGAAGCAUAUUCCGGGAUCAGGUGUAAAUACAACAGAAUAGGUGUUUUUCUUCCUUCUGUUUCAUACCUUCUUUUCCCAUCCAUUACAUAGCUCAAAACACAUAAUGCCCCCUCACCCACCACAAGGCCUUUACACCCCUGUUCCAACUUUCUUCAAGCAGGACUUCUCUCUUGACUUGAGCACUCAGGUCGCCCACGCCAAGAAGUUGCAAGAAGACGGAAUGCAAGGUUUGGUCAUUGCCGGCUCUAUGGGAGAAGCUCCACAUUUGACCAGGGAAGAGCGUGUUACCUUGGUCAAGACCAUCAGGGAAGCUAUCCCAACCAAGCUCACCCUUAUUGGUGGUGUCUACGCCCAGUCCGUCCAGGAUGCCAUUGCUGAGAUCCAAUCUUUAGCUGACGCUGGUGCUGACUACGCUAUUUUGUUGGCACCAUCUUACUUCGGUCCAAACUUGGUCUCCCAACAAGGGAUUGUGGACUGGUUCACCGCCGUUGAUACAAAGGCCGUCUUACCUUUCAUCGUCUACCAUUACCCAGGUGUCUGUAAUGGUGUUGAAAUCAACAUCAAAACUUACAGAGCCUUGGCUAAGCUCGACAAUGUCGUUGGCUGCAAGUUGACUCACUUCAACAUGUCCUUGUAUUCUAUGUUGGCUUCUGACCCAUACUAUGCUGAAAACAACUUCUUGGUCUUCACCGGUCUAGGCCAAACCAUGAUUCCGUCUCUUUCCCUCGGGAUCAGAUCUGCCAUUGAUGGUUUAACCAAUAUUUUCCCUAAGUCCAUGGUCGAAGUCAUCAGGUUGUACGACACUGGUAAGUUGGCCGAAGCCAAUAAGUUGCUCAUCAAGGUUGUCAGAGUCGACGAAAUGAUCUCUGCCUUGAACGUUGUUGGUCUCAAGUUUGCCAUCAAGCAGGUCAUGGGUUUUGGUGACAGAACCACUGGCAGACCACCAUUGUCUGUUGAGAGAAGCCAGGCCAUCUGGGACUCUUUCCUUCCUGAUAUCGAAGCUUUGUGGGCCGUUGAAAUGUCCUUGUAGGUUAUUUUCCUAAAAUUACUUCUCUAACAGAUUACAUGAUACAUAUUUUUGUGAUGCAUGGCCUUUGCGUCUGUUCUAACGCAUAAUCAAAUAUAGGAACAAGG